UAUGAUGUUGUUUUGUUUAUUUGUUAGUGGGUACGUUCGUUCGUUUGUUCGUUAGUUGGUUGGUUGCUAGUGGCAGGCAACAGCAAGCAGCAGCAUCGUUUGAAUUUCUUUUUCAUAACCGAGCGCCUGCGCACAGUUGGCUUUCUACCGUUGGCGUAUACGGAUUUGUUCAAAUUUUCAAACGCGUCGCUAAUGAACACAGAAACGAAAUAUAAAAAAAAACAAAAGAAAAUUUACAAUAACAACAACAACUACUACAAAUAUUAUGCGUAUAUUAUAUCAAAACCCACAAAGAAAAAUUUAUAUACUCGAAAAAUUCACUCAAUAUAACGGUUUAAUUUUCAAAAUUAAGAAAAACAAAAUAUUAAAAUAAAAGUGGAACACACAAAUAAAUAAAAUUAUGAAAAUUUGAAAUUGUUAAAAAGUACUUAAAAUAAUUUCAAAAAUAAAAUUGAAAAUUAAAUAAAAAAUAAUAAAAAGUGUAAACAAGUGCAAUUUAAAUUAACAACAAAACACACAAAAAUUUGUUUAAAAAAAUUAUAGAAAAAAGGAAAUACAAAAGUUGCAAUAUUAUUUUGAAAAAAAAGGAAUACUUUUUCAAUAUAUAAUCUACAUAUUUCUUAAAAAAAUACAAAACAAAACCAAGACCUACAAAAAAAUUUUUCAAAUCAUUUAAACAAAAACCAAAAAAAAACUGUUGUAAAUAUUUUCAUUCAACAAAAAAACAAACCAAAUUACCAAAACAUUAAUUAAUAAAUUUUUUUCAAAUUUAUUAACCGUCUACACCCUCAAUCCAACAUAAACAAACCAAACACUUACUUGGAACCCUUUAAGAAAAACAACAACAAAAAUUACAAAAAAUUUAAAUUUAUUUCUAUUAAAUAAAGUUUUGUAAAUAAAUAAAAAUCUCAUCUUUUUUACCCCCUCCAAAAACAAAAACAAACAAUUUGGCUUAAAAUCAAAAUUUAUAAACAAUUCCCUAAACUCCAUUACUGUUUAUCCCUCUUACUCAUAUAUAAACUGUCGUUCAAAACAACAACAACAACAAAAACAAUCAUUUAUAUUUUAUUAAUAUUUUUAUGAUUUUGUUUUGUUUUUUUUAAUAAUAAUUCUAAAUAAUUAACUCCCCAAAUAUAAACUAUUUUUAUGUGUGUGUGUGCUAUUUUUGUGAGUACCUUCCCUGGCUUUAAAAAUCCAAAAAAAAAAUUUAAAAAGUUUCUUAGUGCUUUUUAGCCUGCAUGCUUUUGUUUUAUUUAUUACUAACAUUUUUCAUUUGGUGUAAAUAUUGGUUUUGUAGUCUAAUUAAUUUGCUGGCUUUAAAUUAGCUUUAUACAUAUUUUCUUCUUUUCUUCUAUGCCUUUAGUUUAGUUUUUCAUCUAUUUCCUUUUGUUUUAAGCUUAAACAUUUAUGGAAGUGUUUUUUUUCUAUUUUUUCUCAUUUCAUUUUAAUUAAUAUAUGAACCAAAUAAAAAAAAAACUAAAAAAAUGCAUAUUUUGAAAUUUAAUGCAAAAAUAACUAUAUAAACCCCAAACCCCUCCUACCAAAUAAUCGAACUGUGCUAAAGGAUUAAAUACACUCGCAAAAAAAAAACAAACAAACAAAUUUAACCAAAAUCAUCUUUACAACGGAUUACAAACUGUGGAUUACUUUGAAUUAUCACUAUAAUUACACAGCUUUAAAAAUGGAUUACCUAUAUCAAUGAUGUUUAACAUUGUUUUAACAAAUAAAGUGUUAAAAUGCAUUUACGACAUUUAAAACGUUUUUUAUUUAUAAAAACCUGUAAUAAUAUAUAAAACUUCAAACAACAACAACAAAAGUGAGCUAAAUAAAACCACAACACCCUCCCAACCCAUUGGAAAAGUGUUAAUACCAACCAAACUUAUACCCCGCCCCGCCAAACAUAAAUCCCUUAAAUAUUAAUUUUCUUCCCUCACACCCAAAAAUAAAAUUAAUAUUUUCAACUCUUACCAGCAACAACAAAAAAGCGGUUAUUGGGUUUUCUUCAAUAUACCGCUAAUAAAAACUGAAUUAAAUAAAAACUUCACAAAAUACCAUGAAGUUUUGCAGUAUGAACGGACCAACAGAAUCAGAAGUUGAAAGCCUUUUAAUGAGUCCUUGCUGGGGCCCUGCACAAAACGGCAGUCAAGAUCAAUAUUUACUAGACGGCCAUAAAUUAUUGUUAGAACAUGAUCUUGACUCACUGCCCAGUGAUACAGAACAAAAGAAUUCCCUAGAUGUUUUGGAUAAUUUGUUAAUGAACUCUUCGUCUUUGAAUGCGCUGUCAGAUUUAAAGCCACUACCACCCUUUACCGGUUAUACGGGACAUUUAUCAAUAAAUGGCAUAUCGGGUCAUCAUUAUCAUGCCAUAGCCCAGAGGCUGCCGGAUGAAAGCAAUAAUAAUUAUAUACAAUCGGCCUAUCAUACGGGAGCGACGACAAAUCCUUCGUCAACGGGUAUAUUGGGAGCCACAACUAUACAGCUGGCCGCCUCCUCAACGGGUAACUCACCGAAUGGCGGUGGUGGUGGCGGCGGUGGAGGUGGCAUGAGUUUGUCCAGUAGUCAUAAUUCAUCAGCCGAUCAUAAUAUUGUUUCCUCCUCCACCUGCCUGCCUGAAAGUGUCUUAAGUUCGGAUGCCGAUGCCUGCCUAAAUGAUGUUAAACUCUUUGCCGAUAGUCAAUUAGAUAGUAAGCUUUAUUCUUUGGCCGACAGCUGUGUUAUGUCCCAUCCCUCGAACAAUAGUACAACAUCUGCAAUUUUAAAUGGUGGUCAGGAUCCCGAUUCGGGUGGUGUUAGAAUAUAUGCAGAUGCUAAGGAUUUAACCGAAUAUGUGGAUAUGAAUUCCAUCGAUGAUAUAGCGGCAAUAAUUGGCAGUGCAAUAGCUGAUACUACGGUACCUAAUCAAAUGGACAAAGAUGAUGGCAAUGAUACUCGCGAUUCCUGGAUCGAUUUGGAUGCUUGGAUUGAGGGCAAUUGUAUACAGCAGGAGGGCAAAUUGGUGGUGUCACAGCAGGAUUCCUUAAGUGAGUUUAUACUACCCCAGUCGCCCGUACAUCCUAGUAGUUCUACGCUACAGAGUCUGCUGACACAUGGCUAUAUGCCCUUGUUGCAAAAUCGCCUACAAAACGGUCCACCCUCGGGCAAUAUUAAGGGUGAAGCGCCUAGUUCUACCUCAUUUUGUAAUGAAUUAACGACGGCGACCUCCACAUCGGCCAGUCCACCUGGUUCGGUGGUCUCCACCACAGAUAAUCUCAUGAUCAAUCCCCGCUAUCUUACCAAUCCUGCUCAAUAUCAGAUUUCCAUGAAAUCUGAAGGCAUCUGCAGUCCGGACAUGAUGGGCAAUUAUCCGCAUACGACCACCAUUACACCCACCGGCACACCAAAAACCAAAAGAUCUAGAUCACAGAAGAAAUCAUCAGCGUCCACAUUAGCCUCAUCCUCGCUCGGCAAUGGCCCACAAAACGGUUCACAGCCGCAACAAAUGAACUCCAUAACAUCACCCUCCUCGGUCAACUUUAAUGCCAACGACCUGACGGGUCUUCUGGGUAAGGAGAAGCCUGUACAUCGUUGCAGUAUUUGUAAUCGGGGCUUUCUCAAUAAAAGUAACAUUAAGGUACAUUUGCGAACGCAUACGGGAGAGAAACCGUUUCGUUGUGAAGUGUGUGCUAAAGCCUUUCGACAAAAGGCUCAUUUGCUCAAACAUCAACAGAUACAUAAGAGAAUUGGGCGUGACUGACAUCAGAAUCAAGCCUCGGCGAAAACUUCUAAUUACCACUCCAUACGAAUGGAUAAUGAAGAAUUUCGUUUCAAACCGAUCAUACUACAAAAACCCAAAGUAUUCUUACAUCCUUAACCCUUCUUAAGACCCCUACCCCCAGCACUUUUGUAGUAUGUUUCUGGUUUGAACCUAAAACAAACAAAGAACUUGUCGAAAAUUUUUGCAAAUAAUUAUUAAAAUAAAAAUUCAAUUUUUGUUUUAAUACAAUUUAUUUCCAAAUAUUUUCCCACUGUGUGUGAUUUGGUUUUAUUCCUAACGAUUCAUUCGUUCCAAGGCGGCUCAAAGUAUACCAACAUAUUGAACGGAUGCAGCACUUUAACAAAAUGGAAAUAAGUUUUUCUAUUCUUUUGUUUUUUUUUUUUUUUUUAUAAAAAUAAAAUUUAUUUUAAAUAGAUUUUGUUUAUUUAGAGAAACUGAAAAACUUUUCUUAUUUUGUUGUAUAAUUUUUUUUUUUAAUUUUGCUAGAGCUUUUUUGCUCUAAGCAAAAUAAAACAAAGUGCUCCAUACGAUCAAUUGGGAAAUUUGGUUUAAUCUUUGAUUGCUACAGGUAUUGGUUAUAAAGCCUGAAUAAAACCAUUUUACAUGCUACAUGAAAAUGAUACAAAGAAAAACAAAUAUCAAUUGUUAUUCGUUGUUGUUGAUUGCUUUUGAUCUCUUAGUUAUUCUUAUAAACAAAAAAUAGUAGAAUUAUUACAAAAUUUAGUUUUUAAAGAAAUUUUUUUUUAACAAAAUUUCAUUUUAGUUUAGUUAAACAUUUAGGUAGAACAAACUCUAGUUUACUUAAAAGAGUAAGAGGCAAAUAGCUUCCAGAGUCCUCCUCUCACAUAACUCCUGCUCUCUCUCUCUCGCUUAAAACAAUAACUCCUUGCUAUAUAUGUAAUACUUUUUUGUUGAUCAAAAAAAGUUGUUUGAUAAGAGGCGUCUAAGCUUAUGACAUCAUCUCGAAGAGGACUUCGUUAUGGAAAGGACAUUUCUCUCUUAAUCAUAAUAAGGAUUUAGAAAGAAGUAAAAGAGAUUAAAUUGGUCCGAUAAACUUUUAUUUUGUUCUGCAGACAAGUUAUAGACCAAUGACACUCUCAAAGGUGAUGAGAAGUGAAUACAAUAUUCUAAACCAGUCAUCAGCAAAGAGCUCCUUUAUGAACACUCUGAUGGUGUUAGCUUUCUUUCAUACAUGGAAGCAAGAGAGACGAAGAAUGAAAUGAGAGAGAUUCAAUUGUUUCUCUCAAUAUAUAUUUAUCCUUUUUAUCCUAUUCGGCUAUUCAAGCCACAAAUCGACAAACGGCUCUCUCAUUAGUACUUAUUAUCUCUUAUUUUUACUUGUACGUAAGCUCUCAAAAAGCUCAUGUAAUACUCUAUGCCGAUACCUGAUUCAAACUACCAAAAGUUGAAUAGAUGAGAACAUAUUCGACUAUUCAAGCCCCAAAUCGACAGAAAGCUCUCUCUUACUUUUACUCUUAAAGCUCUCAAACGUAUAAAAAUCAACAAAACCCAGCUAAAAGCUCAUUUAAUACUCUAUGCCGAUACCUGAUUUAAACUACCAAAAGUUGAAGAGAUGAGAACUGAACACAAUAUUUUAAAUCAGGCAUUAGCAAAGAGCUUCAUUAUUAACUCUUGAUUGGGUUUGCUUGUUUUCAUACAUGAAUGAAUAUGCGUGUGAAUGGAAGUAAGAAAGAGAAGAAUUAAUUGAGAGAGAUAUUUAUGCUCUCUUGCUUUAACAUACUCUGACACUCUAUUCCGAUGAGAACUGAAUACAAUAUUUUAAACCAGGCAUCAGCAAAGAGCUCCUUUAUGAACUCCCUGAUGCCGUUUGCUAGAUUUUAUACAUAGACGAGCCUGCUAUUGGAAGCAAAUUAAAAGUGAAAUGAAAUGACAGAGAUUUAAUUGGUUCUCUCAAUAAAUAUAUAUAUAUAUAUAUAUAUAUAUAUAUAUAUAAUCUAUUCGGCUACUCAAGCCACAAAUCGACAAAAUGCUCUCUUAUUAGUAAUUAUUAUCUCUUACUUUUACAUGUUCAUAAGCUCUCAAAUGUAUAAAAAAAGCCACAAAACCAAUAUAAAAGUUCAUUUAAUACUCUAUGCCGAUACCUGAUUCAAACUAUAAAAAAUUGAAGAGAUGAGAACUGAAUACAAUAUUUUAAAACUUAGCUUUGCCUGUUUUUAUACAUGGAUACAUUGAGAGAGAUGUUUAUGCUCUCUUGCUUUAAAAUGAAUGCAACAAAUCCUAUCUUAAAUCUCAUUUGGUUCUCUAUGCCGAUACCUGAUUUAAUCUCUCAAAUUUUAUGAGAAUGGGGGGUAAUGAUUACACAAAAUAAUUAAUUACAAGGUCAAUUACAAUUGUGUAAUAGAACAAUAACCAAUUACAAUUACUUGUAAUUGAAGUUUUUCCAAUUGCAAUCACUUGUAAUGUGUAAUUAACCAAUAACCAAUUACAAUUAUUUGUAAUUGUAAUUCAAAUUUUCCAUUAAAAUUACUUGUAAUUGUUAUAUAUUACUAAUUACAAAUUUUAUGGUAAUGCUUCAAUUAUAAUUACUUCAAAUGUAAUUGUAAUUGAAAAUGUAGUCAUUACCCCCCAAGCCUGCUGAAUACAAUAUUUUAAAACAGGCAAAGAGCUUCGGUAUAAAUUCUCUGAAUUGGUUAAAUUGUUUUUAUACAUGGAUGAGUCUAAGUGGAAAUGGAAGCAAGAGAGUGCUCUUUGCCGAUACCAGCUUUAAACAAAUUUUGUGAUAUUUUGUUAAGUUUAGCAAUAACACGCUUUUCGUUUCCUUGAGAAACAAUUUACUUAAAACUUAUUCGUUAAAACCGAUAAAUAACUAUUUUUUGUCCAUUAUUACGCCUAUUAAGAAACAUUUUAGAAUCAAAACAGUUCCAAAUUAUUGAAACUACAGACUAUUAACCUCAAAACUAGUUAACAUUUAGAAUCAUUUAUAAAACACACAGUCAAUCCAAUAGAAUUCCAAAGAGAGCACAAGCAAUGUAAGAACAACGGAGCGUCCAAUUGUCUUUUUGCAACUGUUGUUCCGUUUUGAUGCAACUCUGUGAGUCUCUAUCGAAACGGCGAAAAAGCACACACUCACACACAAUACAACUCAAUGGCAACUCUAAAAAUACACUGUAAAAAUUUCAAAAAUAAAAUACAAAAACACUCUCAAGUAUGCCUAAGUAAAUUUUUGUAAAUUAAAUUAAAAAAAAAACUUAAAAUGCGUAGAAAAGUACCUCAAAUAUUAUUAAAAAAAUAAAUAAAAACAACAAAUUGUUUAUUGUCAAAUUAAUAAUAAUUUAUAAAAAUUAAA